GCUGUUCACACCGCCACCGCGCUCAGAUCCAGUCGAGCUCUCUCAUCGCAAAAGCUUCUCCUCUUUACCAAAGCCCGUUGACACCAACGAUGUUCAAGUAGGCUACCCUCAAAAGCGCAGCCUCUCUACUUGUAUUCCCCGGAAGAAAGGAUGCGGGAAAGGAUGGAACAAGACAGAGCAGCUCUGUAGUAGCCUUCUGCACAACAAUUUCAAUCCGGAUUUAGUGAAAUCCUCAACCAAUUAACAGUCUUUACCAGAGCUCUGUUUUAAUCUGCUUCUCAACACACCCCGUCGUUCCAAUCAGGUUUCACAGGUUUAUUAUUCACCCUGCAGCGAGGACAGACACUGGACAGGACAGAGCUGAGCAGAGGCUGAGGAGUUUGGAGCUGCCCUAAACUGAUACAAAUGACAUAUUUCAGUCUUGCUCUAAAGUGUUUUGUUUCCUCUACGGUUGAAUUUGAAAGGACAUUCUUAGUUGUAUCUUCUACCUUCUACACAGCMGGAAAUGGUGCAUAUGACAACUGUAUUUAUACAGUAACCUAAUAAUAGUUUGGGGAUAUCACUUUUCGAAUGCCAGCUCCACCAUGAACAAAAAUGCAGGGCCGUACCAGCCCCCCCGAGGCAGCCCGAGCAGCAACAGCGGGCGUGGUGCCGCGACCAUCCACUGUCUCCGCUGCCGGGAGGUCUGCAAGGGAGAGGUGGUGCGUGUGCAGAAUUUCCACUUCCACGUCAAGUGCUUCACCUGCCAAGUGUGUGGCUGUGACCUGGCUCGUUCAGGCUUCUUCCAGAAGGGAGGAGAGUACAUCUGUACAGAGGACUACCAGCGCCUCUACGGCACCAAGUGUGACAGCUGUGRAGACUUCAUCACAGGGGAGGUGGUCUCGGCGCUGGGGCGUACCUACCACCCCAAGUGUUUUGUCUGCAGCAUGUGCAGAAAGCCUUUCCCUAUCGGAGAUAGGGUGACCUUCUGUGGGAAGAAGUGUGUCUGUCAGCAGUGCUCUCAUUCGCUGGUCAGCAGCGAGCCGGUCAAGAUCCACGGACCCAGCCGUAAACUGUUGCGGGUUGUAAGGAGGAGAUGCAAACAUGACAGUCCCUCCGUGGCCCUGGAGAAGCAGUGGCAUUCCAGCUGCUUCAAGUGUCAACCUGUGACCCUUGGUGCUGACCGGGGAGUAAUCAGAAGUAGGGCAGGAGGAAAGCACUACCACCCCACCUGUGCCCGUUGUGCCCGCUGUCAGAUGAUGUUUACAGAAGGAGAGGAGAUGUACCUUACAGGUUCCGAGGUGUGGCAUCCCAUGUGUAAACAAGCAGCGCGGCUGGAGAAGAAACUCAGRUUAAGACGUACCUCUGAGGCCUCCAUUUCCCCCCCUGGCUCCAGCAUCGGUUCCCCGAGCCGCGUCAUCUGUGCCAAAGUGGAAAACAAGGUCCUAAAUUACAAAGAUCUGGCCCCACUGCCUAAGAUUAAAACUAUUUGUGACGUGCAGCGGCCCGAUCUCAUUCCCUAUGAGUCUUAUCACAGAUACUCCUCUGAUGACAGACUAGAACACUACAACUAUGGGGAGUCUCUGGGAACUCUCUCUCCAUACUCUCAGGACAUCUAUGACAGCAUGGAGCUGAGACAGAGGCGCUUGUCCAGCCCAGGCUUCAUAGACUCUCCCACCUACAGUCACCGUGGCGUGUCCCCCACCAUGUCCACCUCCCGCUCCCCACAGCACUGCUACCGUCCCGGCACUGAGAGUGGCAGGAGCUCUCCCUAUUACAGUCAGCUUGAUGCCAGACCCGCCACGCACGCCGCCUACCAAGCCCCCAAGCAUUUCCAUGUGCCAGCCACAGGCGAGCCCAACAUCUACAGGAAACCUCCCAUCUAUAAGAGACAUGAUGAUUCUGACUACUCAGCCACGAAGAGUAAAACCAGCGAGGACAUCCUCCAGACCUCCCAGUUUCCCGACUCGUAUUCUCCUGACCACUACCACCAGCAGUCUAACUACUACCCCUACACUCCCUCUCCCAAAGCUACUCGUGCUCGGAGGUUUUCCUCAGGUGGAGAGGAGGAUGGAUGGAAUCAAAGUCUUAACAGGCUCCAAGGUGGUAUAGGCCGUAUGAUUCUGAAGGAGGAGAUGAAAGCUAGGUCGGGUUCCUAUGACAAUGACCCAUGGGGCAGCGCCCGAAACUCCCGUAGCGGCAGCAAAGAGGCCCUGCACAACGUGGGCUACAACAACACUGUCAACGGAUCUCCUACCAGAUCUCCCUACAAUGCAGGCAGUGACUCCUUCAUCGCCAAGUCAUCCUCGUUGCCCGGGUACGGCAGGAACGGACUGCACAGGCCCCAGAGUGCGGAUUAUUUCCAGUACGACAGCAGCAAUGUAGUGAACUGGGGAAUCAGAGAAUACAAGAUCUACCCAUAUGACGUGUUGGUAGUCACCGUAAGGGGGCGCAACCAGCCCCCCAAUGACGUGGACAGAGCCAGACUAGAGCGCCACCUGUCUCCUGAGGAGUUCUACCGGGUGUUUAGGAUGACUAUGGCUGACUUUGACCGGCUGGCACUGUGGAAGAGAAACGAGCUGAAGAAACAAGUCCGGUUGUUCUGAAAGGACUGGCGUGUAGAAGCUCAGUGUAGCAGCCUGCUGGGCUUAACRUUAGAGACGCCUAAGUCCUCACUGAGAGCCAUAAUAACUAGUCUGGAUAGUCCGCCACACUGGCCAGAGACACAGCAGAACCAGAACUAGAACCAGCAUGGUUCUAGCCAUAGACAUAUAAUGCAUUUUAAUUCUCUGGUUCUAUGGUUCCAUCACAUGCUCUGGGUCAGAGAUACCCAUCUAGUCUGAGUCUAUACAUCAAUAAUAUCUCUGGUGAAAGAGGAGUAACAUACUACUACUCCUCCCAAGCUAUGUCUGUCCGUGGAAACCUACAUCUGCAGAGAGGUCUAGACCAUGCUAGUUCUGCCUAUGCUUUCAGUAUUAUGUGUUUGUUUUAUUAUUACGAGUUUAACUAUAGUUCAUGGCUGUCGUGUCAUGAGGUUAUAGCAUCUUUGAAGCCUCUUCUAGGUUGCGGGUUUGGAAAGCUCUGAGACAUUGGCUUAUGGUCAAGCAGGAAAGAGAACACCAGCAAACAGAACGUGCUACCAGAUUAGCCUUGUCUUUGCUUUCUUUACUCGAAAUAUGUUGUUUCAUUCACCGCCUUUUUUUUUUUUUUUUACAGUGAGACUAAAACUUGAUUUCUUUAUAGAGCGAGGGUUCACCUCGGAGCGAAAGGCUAGAUUGAUAUAGUGUGGUAGCCUACCAUUGAAUUAAAUGAGUGGAUUAUAUUGUAUGUUUACUGAAAAGCCAAAGUAAUAUUAAUAAUGUUAAGAAAUUAUGAUUUUAAUUAUUUUUGUAAAAUGCAUAAACAGACUGAAUGCAUGUUUCCAGAAAUGGUUCCCGUGUGAGUAUGAGACCAGGCUCUUGCCUUCGUACUGAAAGUUCAUUGAUUUACUAUACUAAAUUGAUGAAAAGGAUCUGAACAAUGUAAUGUAAGUAUUGGAGUUCUGGAUUAUUUAGUACUCUCAAUUUCAAUUGAACCAAAGGACAUGUCAUUUACAGUAAUGGAAUAUCAUGUUAUAAAUGGAUAUUGGAUUGUAUUUAGAGCUGGGAUUGUAUUUAGGAUAACAGGUGACCUGUGAGUGACUUGUCAUGGGGAGACUUGACCUGAUUCUAUCUCAACACAUAGAGAUGGAGAAAAUGAAUAGAGAUAGAGAUGAAUAACAUGGAAUCUGAACUGCUUCUAAAUACAUAUUUAGAAAGUGGAUUGAAGGGAUUGGUGUCCAGAGGUCUGGAUAACAGAUGAAUUAGUGGUAUGGAUCUGAAUUAGAUUACAACUCAAAGGGGUUGAAUGGAAUCUUCCCUUAACAAUACAAUGUGAGGAAGGAAGGAAUCGGGGUGAGGGAAUUUUGUAGAUGUUGAAGUGGAAUUGAUUUGAUGGAAUUGUCCUGAUUGGUCUGUGUUGACGCCGGUCCCAAAUGAUAACCAGGGUUGCUGUGCUAAAGCUUACACUAUAGUGUACAUACAGUAGAACUAAGAAUUCUCCUGUUGGUUUUUGAAGAGGUGACUYGUAGUUAUCAAAUAGAUUAUCCAAUAUUGUUGGUACAUUAUAUACAUGCAAAACUGUCCCUUUUCGUUAUUUCCUGUUUCUUUUCCCGUUGUUUCCCUUUUUAUUUUUGUCCCUUUUGUUAUCCUGUUGUUUCCCCUUUUAUUUCUGUCCCUUGUUUUCCUGUUGUUUCCCCCUUCAUUUCUGUCCCUUUUGUUUUGCUGUCGUUUCCACUUUUAUUUCUGUCCCUAUUGUUUUCUUUCUUAGUAUAUACAUGCAAACCUGUCUCUUUUCUUUUCAAUUUUAUUUGAAUGGUCUGUUAUGAGGUUGUGUCAGAGGAAAUAAUGGUUCUGAUUGUUAGUGUAGGGAGCACUGCCUUUAUCAGACUGUAAUAUUAGUCAUACUGACUAGCAGUCAUUUAGUAUAACUACUCUUACUGCCAUCUUUGGUAAAGGCUGUUUGUUUUAUUGAUUAGUUUGUGUGUGUGUGUGUGUGUGUGUGUGUGUGUGUGUGUGUGUGUGUGUGUGUGUGUGUGUGU